AUGUUAGUAUCUGCCACCUGUGGGCAGAAUUAUACCAUUGAUUACUGUUCCAGUGAAAACACAGGUCUCGAGAAAACUGAAAAUCGUUAUAACGCCGUUGCUCCGUGCAGUAAGAAAUGUUCGUCUAAAGGAUACAGUGUGGCCGUUCUUCAAGACGAGGGAUGUUGGUGUUCAGAUAAAAUUCCUGAAAAUACCACUUCAUUAUCGGACUGCAAUCAUCAAUGUCCAGGAUAUCCUACCAACUGCGGUGGUCGAGGAUAUUAUGGAUACUACCUCAUAUAA